AUGGCACUAUUUGAGGCAUUUUAUGAAAGGGGAUGUAGAUUGUCCAUAGGGUGGUUUGAGGUUAGGGGUGUGAAACCUUUAGGAGUUGACUUGGUAAGAAAAGCUAAUGAAAAGGUAAGGGGUAUUAAAACCAAGCUUUUGGCAGCCCAGAGUAGGCAAAAAGAGUAUGCAGAUCGCAAAGUAAGGAAUAUGAUAUUUCAAGUUGGUGAUCAAGUUCUAUUGAAGGUGUCACCUAUGAAAGGAGUCAUGAGAUUUGGUAAAAAGAGUAAGCUUUGCCCUAAUUACAUUGGUCCAUUUAUGAUUCUUGACAUUGUUGGGCCAGUGGCUUACAAGUUUGCUCAACUUCCUCAUCCAGUGUUUUAUGUGUUCAUGCUGAAGAUGUACCAUGGAAAUAUAGAUUACAUUAUCAAGUGGGACUCAAUAUUAUUUGACAAGGAUAUUCAGUACAAAUUAGAGGCAGUUGGAAUUCUUGAUUGUGAUAUCCGGAAGUUGAGAACUAAAGAGAUCAGAUUAGGAAAGGUUCAAUGA